AUGAAGGUAGCUGAGCCUUCUUCCAGAUCGGUUGCUGAUGAGGAAGUGGAUGUCGAGGGGUCCGACGAUAAGAUAGACGAGGAGUUCAACAUAUGGAAGAAGAACACGCCGUUCCUCUACGAUAUGGUCAUCUCCCACACCAUGGAGUGGCCCUCAUUGACCGUCGAGUGGCUCCCUAUCAAACCGGCUUUGGAUAAGGCCAGUGACUAUUCAACUCACAAGAUGAUCCUCGGCACUCACACUUGCAAUGGGGAACAGAAUUACCUCAUGAUAGGGCAAGUGAAGGUCCCAUACCAUGCUAAGGAGGAGGUGGACAUUGACAAGUACAUAGAGACUUCCGAGUCAGGGGCUGCUCUAGCGGCCAAUAAAGACCGGAUGUGUAUAUCGACAAAGAUUAACCACCCUGGUGAAGUGAACAGGGCCAGAUACUGCCCCCAAAACCCCUUCAUCAUCGCGACUCUGACCAACACUGGCGACAUAUUACUUUUUGAUUACUCCAAACACCCUUCCCAUCCUAAGAAGGACGGCGUCAUUGACUCCCUCUGCACCUUAAAGGGCCACACUGCGGAAGGGUAUGCACUAUCUUGGAGCCCUACUGUACCUGGCCGGCUGGUCUCAGGGGCCUACGAUUGCAAGGUGGCAGUCUGGGACGCAAACAGCGUCCCUAAAAGCGGCAAAGGCAAGGGUGUUAGUCCCGUAAGUGUCCUGACUGGCCACACUGAUGUGGUCGAGGCUGUUUCCACACAUCGUCGUGAUGGGGAUAUCCUAGCCAGUACUGGUGAUGAUGGACGGCUGCUCAUAUGGGACUUGAGGUCCCCAAAGCAGCCAGCCCACAGUGUAGUGGCCAUCGAGGGAGAGUCAGACUGUAACUGCGUCCAGUUCUCACCUCACAAUGAUAACAUGAUCGCUACUGCCGGGAGUGACAAGACGGUUAGCCUGUGGGACAUGCGGCAGAUGUCACGAAAGAUCCAUGCCUUGGAGCACGGCCAUAAGGAGGAUGUGCUGAACAUCGAAUGGAACCCUACCACUGACCAUCUUAUAAUGUCUGCUGGUCUCGAUCGUCGAGUGACAGUGUGGGACCUGUCCAGAGUAGGUGAGGAGAUUGAGGAUGGCAACGAGAUGGAUGGCCCUCCGGAGAUGGUCUUCGUCCAUGGUGGUCAUUGCUCUCGAGUCACUGAUAUCAGUUGGAAUGCCUUCGAACCAACUAUGGUGGCCAGCACCUCAGAGGACAAUAUAGUGCAAGUAUGGAAGCCGAACGAGGGGAUCCUCUGUUCCGACGACAACGACGAUGAUGAGAUUACCAUAAGCGGGGAUGAUGAAGGCAUGUCCGAUGUAGAGUGAUGUCCUCUUCUACCCGUCAUCAUCACCACUGAAUUGAAACCGUGG